AUGCGCAUCUCGGUACCGCAGCUGCCUGUCAACACUGGAUCGCUGCCCUCUACAUUCACAUCAUCGCAUACGGCCGAGGAUGCAAUCUCGCUUCUCAUCAGAUUCCUUCAGCAAGGACGCGGCAAGACGCUCAUCUUGACCGGCGCGGGCGUCAGCGUCGAUAGUGGCAUACGAGCCUACCGCGGAGACAAUGGUUCCUACACGAUCAACAAGACCUAUCGCCCGAUCUUCUACAGCGAAUUCAUGGCGCCUGAAUCGGAGAGGUUCAGGCAGAGAUAUUGGGCGAGGAGCUACUUGGGCUAUCCACCUGUCCGACUGGCACAGCCAAAUCCUUCCCACUAUGCCAUCGCAGCGCUGCAGUACAUGGGUCUCGCGCCUUAUAUCAUCACACAAAACGUAGAUCGACUGCAUCAUAGAGCCUCGCAUUCUCUUUCGCAAGCCAUCUCGACCAUCCUAGAGCUCCACGGAACUCUCAAGCAUGUCCACUGUACCAACUGCAAGCAUGAAAUCUCACGCGACGUAUUUCAAGAUACCCUCUCGACGCUCAACCCGGAAUGGGCAGCCUAUGCAGCCGAACUCGAGAGGACCGGGACAGAACCUCGCACGAAUCCAGACGGCGAUGUCGACUUGCAGAACCGCAACUACUCGACGUUCAAUCUGCCAAAGUGUAUCUCUUGCGGCAGUGGACCGAUGAAAGCCAGCGUGUGCUUCUUCGGCGAGAACGUGCCUGCAAAGACAAAGGAGCGAUCUCACUCGCUCGUUGAGAACGCAAGCAAUCUGCUCGUCGUCGGGAGUGCGCUAGCCACCUACAGCGCAUUCAGACUAGUCAAGCAGGCUCACGAAGCGGGCAAGCAAGUCAUGAUGAUCAACAUCGGACAGUCGCGUGCCGAUUCGUUCGUCGAGACGCGCAUCGAAAGGCCAAGCACAGAGGUUUUGCUAGGCGCUGCUCAGUCACUCGCAGAGUCAAACCCGGUCUGGCGCAACGAUUCAGUCGUGCAGACGAUGCUCAAAUCUGGCAUCGUUCGCCCCGUCGAUAGCCCAAAGCAAUCAGCCAAGCAGCAAAUUGUCACCGAGUGA